AAGAAGACUCCCGAGAAUAGAAAAAGAAAGAUUCUGCAGAAAAAACCCCUUCCACUUCUCUGUUUUCAGCUCUGUUUUAUACCUCUGUUUUGUUCACUUUUCUGCAGAAAUUCUGCAGCAACCUUCUCUUAUUAUCUUGUGUUUUUUGUCAUAAUCUGCUGCCCUUUGAAGUGUGUUUUGCUGGAAAAAUCAGCCAACAUAUACCAGUCUCUCGUGGUCUUGAUAUGCUACUUCAUGCAAAGCACUUUCAUCUUGAUAACAACAAGCUCUCAGGCAAAAUUCCUCCUCAACUUUUCAGUUCAAAUAUUAUGAUUCUGUUACACUUGUAUUGCCUCUGCAAUUGUUUUUCCUAUUUUUUGUCUCUAAUGUCAAAUAUCAGGUUAAAUGUCUUGGAUAUGGAAUCCAAGGAAUGGAAAUGUUUUAUCAUUCUCAAUUGUAUCCCUGAAACCAUUGGAAAUGUGCAGACUUUGGAGGUGAUACGCUUUGGUAGGAAUGCACAAAGUGGGACUCUGCCUUGGAACCUCAGCAAUCUUGUAAACGUUAACGAGAUGUACUUGUCCAACAAUAAGUUCGCUGGUCCUAUUCCCAACCUUACUGGCAUGAGCCUCGCCUAUGUGUAACUUGAAAUAGUUUUACUGAAGCUACAAAUUUCAUUUGUGGUGCAAGGGUGUAGCUAAGCAUUCUCAGACCAUCAUAAAUGGAUGAUCAGUUCAUCAUCUUUCCUCACACGUGUACUAUUUGUCACAGCCCUAUUUCUAUCGUAGCUAUAGUUAGUAAUCUUGCAAUGGUUAUUUCUUUUAAGUUUGUACAAGAGCAUGAUUUUAGCUUUUUCAUUAUUUCUGUAAUGCAUUAUAGGAAUUCUGCAGGCUUUACUGUCAGUGUAAACUGUAAACAUCUACUAUUGAUCAUUAAUUUUUUCACAGGAUCCUUAUAAACAUCUUCAGAAACUUGUUUCAAUUCAACUGCAGCUACUUAGCAAAGAAAGAAAAAAAAAACUGCAUUUUUGUUACCUUAGGGCAUU